GAGAUAAUUGGGAGAGAUAGCGACUGUUGGUAAAUUUUGUGUUCUCGUAAAGAGAAGGUUAUAUUAUGAGAAACAUGUUCAAUAUAUUCAGAAAAAUUUAGAUGAGAAGUCUUGUUUGUAAGUCGCAAUUAAAAAACAUUGCACAAGAUGGAAGAUUCUAUAAAAUCUGAGGAUACUGAACUUAACAAUGUGAUUCCUGCGUGUCCUCAAGUAAAUCAAACCUGUUCGGACACAAAAUUCUUGGGAGAUAAUAAGAAUACACAGAUUCGCAUUGUUCGAGGUAAUAAAAAGCUCAAGAUUGAUAACAGCGAUCCUAAUAAUCUUGAAAGAAAGGAUGUAAAUAAAGAUGAAGAGGCAACAGAGGCUAAAGUAAAAUCUCUCAAACGUUCAUGCGAGUUGUGGUCUAUGGAGGAUAAAAACACUUUUUUUAAAGCGCUAAAUGAAUAUGGCAAAGACUUCGAUGCCCUACAAAGCUAUUUUUUAAAUCAAGGCAGAAAACGUGGCCUCUUGGACCCUAUGAUAAAAAAUAAGGAGCAAAUUCGACAUUUCUAUUACAGAACAUGGCUAAAAAUAUCAAAGCAUCUUAAGUUUUCCGAAGUCAUGGUUUCAGCAAUAAUUCGACCAUAUUAAUUAAAAUCAAACUGGAUAUAUACAC